AUGAACUCUUUCAGGCACCCUUCUUCCAUCUCCAACUCCAAAAAGCUGCAGAAAAAGGAAAGAGAAUGGUUGGGUGUGAGUUUCAAGCCGGAGAAUUUCAUCCCGGGCCUCAUUAUCGGGUUCAUAUUCGGGCUUUUCGUGGACGUAUUUGUAGUUAGGCAAGACCUGAAAAUGGGAGCUGGAAAGAUUGCAUCGCAAUGUGCUCAUGCUGCUACUGGCAUGUAUUCAGAGCUGAUGCAAAGCAAUCGGUACGUUCUGAGGCAAUGGGAGCUCUGCGGGCAGGCAAAAAUUGUCGUUACAUGCAAGAAUCAGCAAGAAAUGAAUAAGCUGAAGGAUGCAGCUGAGAGUAUUGGCCUUCCAACUUUCACAGUUGCUGAUGCUGGGCGAACACAGGUUUCGGCUGGGUCGAAAACAGUCCUUGCUAUUGGACCUGGAAAUAAAUCAGCUGUGGAUUCAGUAACUGGGAAGCAGCGUUUGCUUUGA